GCCCCAGAGCAGAGCCGCGCAGGAGGAGAAGCAGCAGCAGUCGGCGGGCGGAGACGGAGCGCAGCGCAGCGCCCGGGCAGGCCCCCCUCGCCGUUCUCCACCGCUGACAGCCCCAGCACAGAGGGCAGAAAGAUGAAUCCCACCAUCAGCAUCGCUGUCAUCCUGACAGUGCUGCAGGUUGCCCAUUGCCAGAAGAUCAAGGAGCUGAGCGCCUGCUUGCUGGGUCAGAGCCUGCGCGUGGACUGCCGCUACGAAAACAAGACCAGCAACUUCCUGACGUACGAUUUCAGCGUGCUCAAGGAAAACAGGAAGCGGGUGAUCCAGAGCAACCUGAACGUCCCUGAGAACACCCUCAAGACACGAUCCAACAUCACCCUGUCAAAGGACCUGGUGUGCCUGCAGCUGUUCGACUUCACCACCUCAGACGAGGGCAUCUACACCUGCGAGCUGAAGAUCACCGGUGACUACACCGGCAACCAGAUAAGGAACAUCACCGUCAUCAAAGACAAGCUGGAGAAAUGUGCUGGCAUCAGCCUCUUGAUUCAGAACACCUCCUGGCUGCUGCUCCUGCUCCUGUCCCUGCCGCUCCUGCAAGCUGUGGACUUCGUGUCCCUGUGAAGGGAAGGAGCGACCGAACCGCCCAGCCGAGCCCCGCCGCCCAAACGUGGCCCUUUGCAAGAGAAGACCAUGAACGAUUUGAAACCAAGGAAAUCUCUCUGUGUAUAUCUCUCUAUAUAGCUGUAUAUCUACCGAGCCCGCCCGCCCCGCCAUCACACCACACGUCCGAAACACGCUGGGGGCUGGGGUGGGUGUAUUAAGCAGUAUUAAAGGACCCAACGCAUGGCAGCAUUCCCUCGCGCUCUGCUAGAUGGUGCAGCUUCUUCCAUAGCACGUUCUGUUUGUUUGUUUGUCCCGGUGGCAGGGGGAUCUAUAGCCUCGAGGGAGCAGCUUGUCUUGUCCCAUUUUUUUGUCUUUCAAGGAGGGAAAGCCAGUAGGGCCCCCAGACCCGACUGGUAAAAGAGAGAGGGUCAAAGAGUUAGGGGACCAACUGGGGAGUCCUGGCUACCACCCCAGCCUGGAGAACAGACGCUCGCUCAGCAACACAAGGUUGCCCAGGGUAAAGGCUUGUCCUGACCUAGGCAAUGUCAGGCAAAUGGGAUAGAGUAGGGUGCACUAGCUUUUCACCUCGGGGGAGCUGGGUUUGAAUCCUGCCUGGUGAGAUGGAUUUGGUGGGCUCUCAGCCUGUUCUUAGCAGCCAUCACUUCCGUAUUGCACAAAGCCAUGAUCAUGGGUAUGACUGCUUCGCCUGCAUAGGAAAGGGCCAGCAUUUAAAUAGAUCGGUCUUGGGGGUGUGAGCAACAAGGACACUCGAAUACAGAGACAGCAAGGGGUGCUGAAGGUCUCAAGUUUGUGGUGCAGGGAUAGACAGAUGAAGGGGGCCCCAGCACUGAAACAGCAAGGGGUGCGGAAGGUUUUAGGACCGAGGUGCAUCUGCAGCCCUGCAUAAGAACACUUGCCCAUCACUCAUCCAUGCUCCGCUGGGCUUAAGUCCUCACCGUAAGAUCAGAGGAUGGCAGUUGCUAUAGGAGUUGGUUGUUUUUUAAAUUAAUCCUAAACUAAGGAACUGAGGCAGCAGCCCUUUAAACUAGUCAGUGUGCCGAGGCCUAGAGCUCCUUGGGCAGUGACUAAUCCUGCUCCUUGGAGACUAGGGGUUAGCUGUGAAGGGAGACCCCUUGCUGAGCUGGGGCCAGCACGGCUCACUGCAUGAUCUCCAGGCAGUGGUCCCCUGGGCGGAGACACAGAUAGCACUUGCAUCUUCCUUUCACCCCAGCUUGCAAGGGGUGUGUGUGUGUGAAGAAACACUUGAGGGGGGGACAGCUCGCUCCCAGAGAAGAAGCCACUGUCCUUGGGGAGAGAGGAGAUAUAGGGAAGGGGGCCUAGGCAGCUGCCACCUCCCACUCCUCUGGCACCAGUGGAAGCUGCUCUGUGACAUACCCCCAUUAACACACAUGGCUGUCUCCCGCUGGGGAUCAGGGGGAGAUUGCAGGAGCUGGGGCCGCCCCCAAGCCACAGGCUCUCAUCCCUGCAUGCCACCCUUUGGGUUUGACUCCAGGCACUAGCGAGACCAGCCCACAUGGCUCUGCUCCUUGUCCUCCUUCAGCCCAGUCCCGCUCCCGAGUCGUGCUAGUGGGGGGUGGGGAGAAGGCUGCAGCCUUCCUCCCUUGCAGGUUAACAGACUCCAGUGCGGGCCUGUUCCUUAGCACAACCUUCCCUCUCAUUAGGAGCCUAAAGGGCCUAGGCAGGUGUUUUCUGUGGACACUGGUUAGCCGUAGGGGGAGCGAAUGCAUCCCAAAC